AUGUCUCAAGAGAUGACUCGUGCUGAGUCUAUCGAGGAACAGGAGCGUGCAAGAGAUGAUGGCGACAAGAAGCCAAAGUCUCGCCGACCAGCCAAUACUGCUUUCCGCCAGCAACGAUUGAAAGCAUGGCAACCAAUCUUAACCCCUAAAAGCGUUCUACCUCUGUUUUUUAUCGUCGGCGUGAUCUUUGCCCCAAUUGGCGGUGUUCUCCUCUGGGCAAGCUCUCUAGUCCAAGAAAUUUCCAUUGAUUACUCCGACUGUUAUACACAGGCACCGAACGACAGCUAUGCCCCCGUUCCUCACUAUUCAGCGACCUUCAAAUCUUCUAAAUCUAUAUCGCCACCCAUGUGGCGCAAGUCCAUCAAUGAGUCUGAUUCGGGCAAGAUUAUUACUUGCACCCUCAGGUUCGAUGUUCCGAACGAACUGCCAGCACCGGUUUUCAUGUACUAUCGCCUCACCAACUUCUAUCAAAACCACCGUCGAUAUGUUCAGUCGCUCGAUUUGAAUCAGCUGAAAGGAGACGCUGUCUCUUACGAUACGAUCAAAGGUGGCCCAUGUGACCCAUUAGCAGUCAACACCACCGUUGAGAAGGUAUUCUAUCCAUGUGGAUUGAUUGCGAACUCAUUCUUCAACGACACCAUUGGGAAGCCCCAAAUCCUAGAUCCGAAUGCAUCCGGGAAUGAAAAACAAUUCUACGAAAUGACCGAUAAAGGCAUUGCGUGGGACAGUGAUAAGGAACUCAUUAAACAGACAAAGUACAAUAUGAAUCAAGUGCUGCCACCGCCAAACUGGGUCUGGGCGACCGAGAAAGGUGUCUAUAAGGAGGAUCCCAAAUUACAUGAAAAUGAAGCUUUCAUGGUUUGGAUGAGAACGGCUGGUUUGCCAUCAUUCAGCAAGCUUUCCCGCCGCAACGAUACUCACGGCAUGCCUGAUGGAACCUAUACCAUUGAUAUUGUUGACCGUUUCAAUGUCACCGAAUACGAUGGAACCAAGUCGAUCCUGAUUUCUACUCGAACCGUGCUUGGAGGUAAGAAUCCAUUCAUGGGAAUUGCCUAUGUAGUUGUUGGUGGAAUCUGCGUCGUUCUCGGGGCUCUGUUUACUGUCGCGCACUUGGUGCAUCCGAGAAAACUUGGUGAUCACACUUAUCUUACCUGGGAUUCAAAUCAACCGAGCACUGCCAUCGCCACAGGACGGGAUAAUGCCCCUUGA